UGUACAGUCAGUAUUGUACAUAUUAGAUAAAAUAUAAAAUUAGAUAAGAAGCUAUGUAUAUACAUAUAUACUAAACUAAAUAUUUAUACGAUAUCGAUAAGAUAUCAAGUGUCCUGUUUAUAGUGAUUUUUUUCUUUGUUAAAUACUCGAUAAUAGUGAAGCUAUGCACGCACUGAAAAGAUUUCCGUUUUAUCUGGAGACCAUUAGCAAUGAAUUAUCAUCUGUAAGAUUAAUAUCGACUGCUAAUAGUAUCAGUUACAGUAAUGAAAACAAUUUAAAAUCAUGGAAGGAAAUCCCUGGACCGACCUCUCUGCCUAUAAUUGGCCAGAUGCUGCACUUCUUACCUGGAGGUAUGUUACAUGAUUACAAUAAAUUACAAGAGAUAUUAUAUAACAAAUACGGACCAAUCGUUAAACUUGACGGAUCUUUAGGAUCGUCUACGUUAAUAUUCCUCUUUGAACCUGAAGCAGCAUUUCAUAUUUUCCGAAAUGAAAACUGGGCUCCAGUACGUCCGGGGUUUCAGUCUCUGGAAUAUUUUAAAAAGCAUCACAGCAGAAAAAGUGGCACCGUCUUUAACGAAUCUACCGGUCUCUUGACGGAGCAUGGAGAAACUUGGCGCAAAUUUAGAUCAGUUGUGAACCCAGCAUUGCUACAACCAAAAUCGAUUAAACUUUAUAGAGACACUUUAACUGAAGUGGCAGAAGAUAUGGUAAAAAGAUUGAAAUCAAAACGCAAUGAUAAAAAUAUGAUCGAUGGUAAAUUUGAUAUGGAGAUGAACUUGUGGGCUUUGGAGUCAGUUGGUGUGGUGGCGCUUGGUGGUCGGCUAAACUGCUUAAAUCCUAAUCUCACAGAAGACUCUCCUGUGAAAAAGCUAAUUCAAGUUGUACAUGACGUCAUGAUAAAUGCAAAUAAACUCGACUUCCAGCCAAGUCUUUGGAGAUAUAUCUCGACUCCAACGUUUAAGAAAACAAUGAAACAUUACGAAGAUCAAAUUCAGUUAAAUGAAUAUUUUAUAAACAAAGCUAUACAAAAUCUCAAGAAGAGAAAGGAAUUACCACUUGAAGAAAAAGGUGUGCUUGAAAAAUUACUUGAAAUAGAUCAUAAAGUUGCAGUAAUAAUGGCAAGCGAUAUGUUAUUCGCUGGUAUUGAUACGACUGCCCAUUCGGUCAUAGCAACGUUGUUUCUCCUAGCGAGAAAUCCGGAAAAACAAAAGAAAUUACGAGAAGAAAUAAUGUCGAAACAAGAAAAACAAACAUAUCUUAAAGGUUGUAUUAAAGAAGCUAUGAGGCUAAUGCCAGUAGUUGGAGGAAAUUUCAGACAAAUAACAAAAGAAUACAAUGUGUUAGGUUACAAAAUACCGAAAGAUACGUUUGUGGUUGUUGGUAAUCAGUAUAUGUCAUUAAUGGAGCAAUAUUUCCCGCAACCGUCCGAGUUUAUACCAGAAAGGUGGAUCGUUGAUAAAGAUGAUCCCCUUUAUUAUGGUAAUGCUCACCCCUUCGCUUAUCGUCCGUUUGGGUUCGGUGUGCGAAGUUGCAUAGGUCGACGUAUAGCUGAACUUGAAAUAGAAACUUUUGUCUCGAAAGUGAUUGAAAGUUUUCAUUUGGAAUGGUUUGGACCAUCCUUGAAGGUUCGCCCCGCUACAAUUAAUUAUUUAAUAGGACCUUACAACUUUAUCUUUAAGGAUGUUUAAUAAAAAAAAAGUAGAAUUAAAGGUGAACGUAA